AGACUUUCUCAUUCAUUUUAAUAUAUCCCAAUUCCUUCUCCCCUUCCUUCUUCAAUCAUAUAAUUUUCAUAGCUCCAUUCUCCUCCUCCAUGAAGAACACUCUCAGGUGUUGCAUUUCUUGCAUUCUCCCAUGCGGGUCCCUAGAUGUGAUUCGAAUAAUCCACGCCAACGGUCGUGUUGAAGAAAUAAACCGAUCAAUCCGAGCCUCGGAGAUCAUGGAAUCCUAUCCAAACCACAUCCUAAAAAAACCUUCCUCCCCAUCCGACGACGCCCCAAAGAUCGUCAUCGUUCCUCCUGAAGCCGAGCUCCAACGCGGAAAGAUUUACUUCCUCAUGCCCGCCCCGACGCCAUCCUUGAAAAAGUCAGUCGCGCGAUCGGAAACGAGGAGAAAGAAAGAAAAAACCAACAAUACUAAGAACAACGACAAUCUUGUCAUGUCGGAUCGUUACCUUAGCGAGAUUCUGUCGGAGAAAAUCGUGUCGACUGGAAAGGAUAGGAGGAGGGGCCGGACCGGAGUUUGGAGACCUCAUCUCGAGAGUAUAUCCGAGACAACACCAACAUCAACAACCCAAGUAUCGUGAAGCUUUAAUUUGAAUCAUGUAUUGUUUUUGUGAUAAUGAUCAUUCUUUUCUUUCUUUCUUUCUAUUCUAUCCUUUCCCAAGAUUUGUCUUUAGGGUUUGCAAGUUGUUUCAUUAGAACUCUAUUAUUCUCUUCUCUUGCAUUUUUAAUUCCGGGUUGUGCAUAUUGAAGGAUAGAGAUGAUCAUGAAGGGGAAUAACAUGUUCAAAAAAAUGUUAUUAUUUUCUAUUUCUUUGA